AUGCAAUUUUAUCUUUCAGAAUCAAAUUAUCCAAUUGUGUAUAAUUUCUUUCGUGAUUAUCUUCUUUCCGUUUAUCCUGAUCAAGUAGAAUUUGAAUUUAAUGCUGGUCUUCAAAAUGCUCUGUACAAUUUUUGCGUACCUAUUGUUACUGAUCUUCUUGAACAUGGCGCUAUUUUAAAUUUAUUGACAAAAGUUGAUUCAUUUGAAUAUUUUUUAUCUGAAAUAGCUUCAAUUAUUUUUAAAGAACGUCGUUCGAUAUCAUAUAUUGAUUCGUUUAUUUUAUGUUUAAUACAAAUAAUUUUACAUCAUAUUCCAUGUGAAAAUUAUUCAAUAUGUAUUGAAAUUUUUUUAAAAUUAAUUUAUAUACCUGGUGUUUGUUUUGAAGCAAAUAAUGAUCCAUGUAAUCAUCCAUCAAUGACAAAUGUUAAGCAACUUUUAUAUUUAUCUUCUCAUUAUGGAUAUUUAACAAAGAAAAUAAUUAAUGAAAUACGUACAAAAGAUCUUCCAAAGAUAUUAAUAAUACCUAUGCAAAAUUCAUUUGUAACACAAGCAAAACGACAACAACUAGUUGAUAGAUUAAAUCAAUAUUUUGAUGAAUUAACAAUGAUAUAUCAUGAAAAUCCUGUUUCAUUAAAACUUUUUUCAAUUAGAAAAAUUCGUCAAUCGAUGAUAAAAGUUAAUCAAAAAAAUAUCGAACAAUUAAAUAUAAGUCAACAUUUAAAAAAUUUGUUUUUAUUACAACAAUAA